AUGGCUGGGCGCAAGGAGACUGCACUCGACCUGGCGAAGUUCGUCGACAAGGGCGUCCAGGUGAAGCUCACCGGCGGCCGCCAAGUGACAGGAACUCUAAAGGGAUAUGACCAGCUACUCAACUUAGUGCUAGAUGAAGCAGUCGAGUAUGAAAGAGAGCAAGAUGAUCCAUUGAAGCUAUCAGGGAAAACCAGACAGCUUGGCCUCAUUGUGUGCAGAGGCACGGCUGUCAUGCUGGUCUCACCGACCGAUGGAACUGAUGAGAUCGCCAAUCCUUUCCUUGCGGACGGAGCAUAA